UGCGUCCUGACAUGCCGUGUGUGCCGCGUGGUUGCCUGGUUUUAACAGGAAGCAGAUGUCUCCCUCUUCCUCGACGACGCCAACAUGGCAUCAGUUCGAACGGAAGGUCGAGGAGGUGAAACCAUCCAAAACUGAUAUCAAUUAUCUAGUCAUGGAUUACCUAAUCACCAACGGCUACCCAGCUGCUGCGAAGAAAUUCGCACUAGAGGCCAACAUCCAACCCACAGCAGAUAUCGAGUCGAUUCAGGAAAGAGUUGACAUUCGUACUGCAAUCCAUUCUGGGAAUAUCCAAGUUGCCAUUGAGAAGAUCAAUGAGCUCAACCCACAGAUCCUAGAUGAAAAUGCCCCUUUACAUUUCGCCUUGCUGCGACUGCAGCUAGUGGAGUUGAUUCGCUCAUGCACCUCUUCCCCCGAUGGCGACAUUAGCCCUGCCCUUGAGUUUGCGACCUCGCAACUCGCACCGCGGGCACCCACCAACCCACAGUUCCUUGAGGAUCUUGAGAGGACUCUUGCGCUCUUGAUCUUCCCGAUGGAUAGCCUGUCCCCGUCACUUGCCCCUUUACUACACCCCGACCUUCGUAAGGACAUAGCCAACCGCGUCAACGAAGCCAUCCUGCUGAAUCAAGGCGCUCGUAAAGAGGCCCGGCUACGCAACCUGGUCAAAUUGCGCGCGUGGGCCGAACAGAAAGCCCGGGAGGCUAAGAAGGAUAUACCCGAGAAGCUGGACCUCGGACUGGGCGAUAACCCCAACACCCACAACAGUAAUCCCAUGGCCAGUUCGACCAGUGCUACCCACAAUGGCUCUAACGACACCGUAAUGACCAAUGAUGGGGAUAUCGACCCCAUGAUCUCAUAAAUCCAGGAUUCGAUCUGCGAUCACCUGGUACAUAAUAUUUCUAUUUCACGUAUCACCACACGAAUUUCUUCGUUCACCAUUUGAGCACGGCGUUUGGGUGCAGGCUACCAGCAGGUGUCAAAUUCAACGGCCCUCUUGUAACAUCUACGGUUCAAUAUGGGGAUACAUAACAUAUCAUGACUUAGCAUUUGAUCUCUGCCGACAGUUUUGUGUGCGGAACGGAUUGAAUUUUAGCAAUCGAAACAGACCCAACAGGUUCUUCAAUUGGCUUAUUCG